GGGGUCCCAGUCAUACCCCUUCGGUCCUCUCGUUUCUCGCCGGUCACCUGAGGAAAUUGUCGCUCCCCGUUCGCCGGCCGCCGCUUGUGGAGGCCGACUUCCUGCAUUUCCUGUUAAGUCUGUGUGCUGGAUGUCGAUCUCCUUACAACCCUUCACUGCAAAUUCAACAAACAGAUAUUCUUUAAGGAGCACUAGUGUGAGUUCGUCCUGUGAUUUUAUCAAGUUUUCGCCAAUCGGAAGAAAUAGUUUACAUUGGGCUGCGAAUUUCAGACCAAAUUCUGUGUCUAGGCCUGAAACCACUGGAGGACAAGAUUGUAUUGUGGGAGAGGAUGUUGGUGUGGUCAUAGUCGAUCAUGGGUCACGUCGACAAGAAUCUAAUCUCAUGCUAAAUGAUUUUGUUAGCAUGUUCAGGGCAAGGACUGGCUACAAGAUUGUCGAGCCUGCUCAUAUGGAGCUUGCUGAGCCUACUAUUAAGGAAGCAUUUGGAAGAUGUGUGCAGCAGGGAGCAUCUCGUAUUAUUGUCACUCCAUAUUUCCUUUCCCCUGGACGACACUGGAACAAAGAUAUCCCUUCUUUAGCAUCAGAAGCCUCAAAAGAGCACUCAAACGUGCCCUACAUCAUCACUGCCCCUAUUGGAUUACAUGAGCUUAUGGUGGAUAUUAUAAAUGAUCGCAUCAAGUACUGCCUGAGGCACGUUGCAGGUGAUGCCGAUGAGUGUACUGUAUGUGCUGGGACUGGAAAGUGCCGCUUCUACUCUUGAUUGGCGGAAACCUGCAGGCUACUUCACUCGACAGUCUAAUCCGGAUGAUUUUUCCAAUUUUAAUUCAACCGACCUUGUUUUUGGCAAAUCAGUGGAUCAAAUGCCCGAGGCUUGAUUUUGUGCAAGUUAAACCAUGUUCCCUGCCAUAUUACCAGAAACUGUCGCUGUAGUAUCGAUCUCAACAGCUUUGUUCAGUUUUUAGUUUUAGAAUUUGUAAAUUCCCUUCAGUUGUCUGAACAAAGAAGGUCAUGUGGUGGGACCUUAACAAGAGAGUAUAACUUUGCUGCGGAAGAUGUAAAUCAAACACUGCAUUUUAUCCACAAGGGGAAAAUUGUAAUCAAAGCCAUAAAGAACAUGAGCUGAUUAUUGCGAAAUGCAAAAUAUGUGUUCAUGCUGCUACUUGUUAGUACAUGUUUGUAAUUUUUUUCCCUUCAACUUAAACAAAGAAGGGCAUGCCGGGAUUUUUGGAAAUUUCUUGACCCUGCGCUCCGGGAAAUUUU